AUGAUGAAAUCCAUGGUUUGGAAUGUUAGAGGAUUGUGUAACUCCUCUAAUCAAAAAGAAAUGGUGUCAAUGAUGGAUAGAAAUGGGGUCUCGAUGUGUGCUCUCUUGGAAACUAGAGUUCAUAUUUCUCGUAUUAACAAAAUCUGCCAUAGGAUGAAAAGAAGUUGGCAAUGGUGCUCGAAUGCUAGUUUAUGCAGUAGAGGUACUAGAAUUGCUAUUGGCUGGGAUCCAGGAGCUUGGGAUGUUUAUGUUAUUCAUAGCUAUGAUCAAAUUGUGCACUUUAGAGUUCAUCCAAAAAACUCUAACCACACCUUCUUCAUAUCCUUUGUUUAUGCUGAAAAUGACUACAGAGAUAGAAGAAGACUUUGGGACUACUUACGUAUUCAUCACUCACUGGUCAAAGAUCAACCAUGGUUAAUUGUGGGUGACUUUAACCAAGUUCUUAAACCAAGUGAAUCUACAAGAUCAAGCUCUUAUGAUUGUUUAAUUACUGAGUUCCAGAGAUGUAUUGAUGAUAUCAAUAUAGCUGAUAUUAAAGACACGGGCCUCUACUAUACCUGGAACCAGAAACCUCGUGGUAAUGGUGGGCGCCUAAGGAAACUUGAUAGAACUAUGGCUUUGAGAACCGAGUUUGAAAAAUCCCAAGAACAACUUGAUCGUGAUCCAGAGAAUGAAGAGAUUAGUUUGGAACAUGCGGUGUACAUGGAAGAGUUCACUAAAGCCUUAGGUGAAGAAGAAAGUCUCCUUAGACAAAAAGCGAAACUUAUUUGGCUCAAAGACGGAGACAUGAAUACCAAAUUUUACCACAAAGUCAUCAAAGAAAGACAAAGCAGAAAUAAGAUUAACUCCAUUACGGGUGGUGAAGGUGUGGUGCAUGGAGUUGAUAAGGUCACUGAUAUUGCCAUUGCACACUUCUCUAAUUUCCUUGGAAAGGCUAGAGUUGUCGAACCUAUAAUCUCUCCUAAUGACCUUUUCAGAAAUACCUUAACGAAUGAGGAUGCAAACUGGAUGAUUAGGCCAAUUGAAGAUGAGGAAAUCAGAUAG